AUGAAGGCCUUCAUAGUCCUCUUUAUUCCGGUGGUGAUGGCUAAACCUGACCUUCCACAAGUCCAACCACCAGGAACGUAUCCACUUGAGGAGAUGAACACUGAAGUCUCCACAAUGCCUAUGAAUCCUUAUCAACUGGCAAUGAUCGACAGUUCUGGAAAUUUUGAAAACUACCAGUUUUACUAUGAAAAAGAUGCUCUUCCACCUUCUAGACCUUCAAGUAAGUGA